CCAGGACUAGGCUCUGGGUCCCGCCGGCACGGGGCAGCGCCUGCUCCUUGGUGCUAGCCGAGCGGGGCUCAGGGACUCGGGAAGACCCGGACCCUUUCUGGUCCAGCCAGCUGGGAGCUUCCGGUCGGAAGGGGCUCCUCAGCGGGGCGGGGAGGGGACGGAGAGGAAGUCCCGCCUCUCACCGCGCCACCGAAGCGUCGGACGCGGCUGCGCACCUAGCCGGGCCCAGAGGGGUAGGCAGGUGAGGGUCUCCGUAUGCUGAGACCCCGCGCUCCGACGGUGCCAGAUCGAAUUUGGGAGCUGACAUGAUUGAAGUGGUAGCCGAGCUGAGCCGGGGUCCUGUAUUUCUGGCAGGGGAGGCGCUGGAGUGUGUGGUUACCGUCACUAACCCCCUCCCACCUACGGCCACUUCUGCCUCCAGUGAAGCUCUGGCCUGGGCCAGUGCCCAGAUCCACUGCCAGUUCCAUGCCAGUGAGAGCCGUGUAGCAUUGCCUCCCCCUGACUCUAGUCAGCCAGAUGUCCAGCCUGACAGCCAGACUGUAUUUCUGCCACACCGAGGUGAGAGGGGUCAAUGUAUCCUUUCUACUCCACCAAAAAUUCUAUUUUGUGACCUAAGGCUAGACCCUGGAGAGUCCAAAUCAUACUCCUACAGUGAAGUGCUGCCCGUAGAGGGACCACCUUCCUUUCGGGGUCAGUCAGUCAAGUAUGUCUACAAACUGACCAUUGGCUGCCAGCGUGUCAACUCACCCAUCACGUUACUCAGAGUCCCUUUAAGGGUUCUUGUGCUGACUGGCCUUCAAGAUGUCCGGUUUCCCCAGGAUGAGGCUGUAGCCCCAUCCAGCCCAUUCUUGGAAGAGGAUGAAGGUGGGAAGAAGGAUUCAUGGUUGGCUGAGCUGGCUGGGGAGCGCCUCAUGGCUGCCACAUCCUGCCGCAGCCUCAACCUCUACAAUAUCAGUGAUGGCCGAGGGAAAGUUGGAACAUUUGGCAUCUUCAAAUCUGUGUACAGACUUGGCGAGGACGUGGUGGGGACCUUAAACUUAGGAGAAGGAACUGUAGCUUGCUUGCAGUUUUCAGUAAGCUUACAGACUGAAGAACGUGUGCAGCCUGAAUAUCAGCGGCGGCGGGGAGCAGGGGGUGCCCCCUCUGUGUCCCAUGUGACUCAUGCCCGGCACCAGGAGUCCUGCCUACAUACAACUAGAACAAGCUUUUCUCUCCCCAUCCCUCUCAGCUCUACCCCGGGCUUCUGUACUGCCAUUGUGUCCCUGAAGUGGAGAUUGCAUUUUGAAUUUGUAACAUCUCGAGAACCAGGAUUGGUACUCCUGCCCCCUGUGGAACAAUCUGAACCUGCUACCUGGACAGGUCCUGAGCAAGUGCCUGUAGACACCUUCAGCUGGGACCUCCCCAUUAAGGUGCUGCCUACGAGCCCCACCCUGGCUUCAUAUGCUGCCCCAGGCCCAAGCACCAGCACCAUAACCAUUUGAAACCAGUCUACCUGCCCACUGUGACACUGACUUGUUCAAGAUACUCAGAACUUAUCACCUGGACUCUACCGGGGCCCACUUUUCCCACCUGGGCCCAAAGACACAGAGAAUGACAGGCAGGCUUUUCAGCUGUAGCAUUAAUUUAUUUAUUCAGAAUAAAUUGGCAGCUGCUAGUGGUUUCCCUGGAAGUGGCAGCAGCAGUGAGCUGUGAGCAGUCAGCAGAUGGGUGAUCAGUUGAGUUUAGCUAGAGUGGGGAGCGGGAGCUCCAGGAACAGGGGUGUUAGCUGAGCCCCACUCUAGGUCAGGCCCUCCCCCCUUGCAGGGGAGCUGAGGGUCAGAUUUCUGCACCAGGGAGAAGUGGCAGGUUCCUGCCUCCUGACGCACCUCACACCCAGCAGGGAAGUCAAUGGGAUGCUGAGACCUGGGAGAACCAGGGAUGGGGAAGAGCACAGUGAAAAGUUACCCUUGGAGACCCCUAUUCCCUCUCAUGACCCCCCCUCUCCCAUAUCCUCCUCUGUGUCUCCUGGUCCCCCUCUCCCAACUAAGCUCUUACCAAUCAUAUAAGAUCUACCUUGAAUUUCCACACUCCAGGGCCUGAUCUCACUCUCCUUGGUACUUCAGGUCUAGCCAGUCUUAGGUUGCUCUUCUCUUCGUUUUUAUCUCACAGAAAUCUAGUCACUCCCUGGCCAUCCCUCAGCCACUCACAUCCCAGUCAUUCCCUCUGGCCAUUCUUGGUCACUCACGUGUCACAGCAGCCCACACCAACAGGAUGCAGACAGGUGCAAUGGAAACAGUCGUUGCGGAGCCAGGACUCACCCAGGGUGAAGUAUUUCCCUUCAUAGUGACAGGGGGCUGGGGAAGAAUGAGAAACAUUACAUGCGUGUGGCAGUGUGGCAGUGGUGGCAACAGACAGUCCCUUCUUCCAUUCUGGGGAGGGAGUUAGCACAUACUGCCUCCUUAGGUAGCCCUUCUUUCCCAGUUCACAGCUCAAGAGAGUCUGGACAUUCUGCUGCAGGUUUAUCUCUAAGUCCUUGCCCCUGUCUCUGCCCCACCCAACCCCAAUCCGUUCCUAAUACUUUGUCCCACUUUACCUUGAGCUUGGAAGUAACACUUGCUGUGGACUCCUGGAUGCUGCAGAAGCAGAGACACCACCAAGCAGAUGAUCCCCCAGCCUCUCAGGAUCCCUUUGGCCUGUCCAGCCCAGAGCAUCCUUAGGGCCAUUGUCUUCAGCCCUGUCAGAUUCUUCUUGGCUUCUUCUGCUGCUGCUGCUCUGUUCUUUACUCUGGACUUGUCUCCUUGGCUUUCUUUGCUCCUUGAGUUGUUAGUGUCUUCUGUCUCAUACCAUCUCUGUGCCCCUCUGCUCUCAUAGGCUGGGGAUGUUUAUAAAGUGAGGACCCUGGCCCCCUGCUGAGUAGAGCUGGAAGCCCUACAACUCUGUUUCCUGAGGUGAGGGCAUGAAAACAAGAGGUCUAGCUUUUUAACAAGCUGUGAGAGCUGAUUCAUGCCCAGCACUGCAAGAGCAGGGAGGGGAGGGAGGUGGCUGUGGAAGGGGUGCUGGACUGGGCACUUCCCCAGCAAGGAGGUGGGAGGAGGGGUGAGGCCCCUGGUGGUCCCCAGAACUCCUUGACCUAGAGAGAGGAAGUUUUCCACCGACCUUCCUUCCCUCCCCCCCCCCCCAGUCCCCCACUACCACCACUAGUGUUGUGUGCUGGGAUCCCUGCCUGGACCGGAGGGAGGCAUUUCCUGGGGAUGGCUAAUCUUGUGCCCUAGCCAAACCAAGGAGUUGCAACAGGGUGCGGUGGCCAGAAGCUCCAGGAGAGCGAGGAGCAGGCAUCUGUAGUGGAGAGUGUUUCCUUCACAUCGUUGUAGUUUUUCUGAUGCAUCUGAGAUACAGGGUUACCUCGGAGAUGAGGGUCAUUCUUUAUUUUUUCCUCAGAUAUCUCAGAGAUGGACUCUCCAUUGUCUCAUCCCUUGGGAUGUCUCUGCCCCUCCUCCCUUCAAAAAGGAGCAUCUCUAAGUGUCCUAACAGGAUGAAUCAGCCCAGUUUCACAGGGGCACCCUCUUUCCUUAUGAUGGAACAAAGAAAGAAUUUAUCCUUUGACAUCUUCCUUUGAGUUACCUACAGGUUCUAGAAGAGCCAUGAUGACUUUAUAGAUAUAGACUACUUGAAUUCAGGUCUUAACCCAAUUUAGUAGCCAUGUGCAUCAGGCAAGUUACUUCACCUCUCUUAUCCUUUUUCCUCAUCUAUAAAUCCAGAAUAGUGAUUUUUACUUGUUAAUGAGGCAGGUGGAAUGUUCUCUGUGCCAUCUUUGGCACAUGACCCUCAGAAAAUAUUAGCCACUGUGGUUGGUACUAAAGCUCACAGAUAAAUAAAUGACCUUUUAUCUGAAUGA